CUCAUAUACAUUAACAUGUGACUCUCUAUUUGACACGGAUCACCCCCCUCUCCCUGUCUCUCUAGCUGCUGCUGCUGCUGCUGCUGUGAAGAAGAAGAAGAAAAGGAGCUCUUUUUUUUGUGAAUAUGGCAGCUGAGGUGAGUUCUCUGGUAAGGCUUUUGAGUGGAUACACGGAUGAUAGGAACGUUGUGAGUGAACCUGGAGGGGCAAAAUCAACAGCUUUGAUAACUAGGGACUUGCUUGGCGGCGGCGAUUCUGUAGAGAGCGAAUCUCAAGAAUUGGACCUCGAUUUGCAAGUGCCAAGUGGAUGGGAAAAGCGCCUGGACUUGAAGUCAGGAAAGGUUUACUUGCAAAGAUGCAACUCUUCAAGCUCACCCUCAUCAUCCUCAGAUUACAGGAACCAAACAAAUCAAACAGUGGCAAAGCUUCAAGAUUUGAAUUUUCCACCUUCGCCUUCCAAGAUUACACUGAACCUUUUCGAUGAAGGUAACUUGGAACUGAACUUCGUCUCAUCACCAAUGUCAAGCAAUUACCAGAGUGUUUGCACUCUGGAUAGAGUAAAAUCCGCGCUCGAAAGAGCAGAGAAAGAACCGGGCAGGAAGCAAUCCUCUUCGCUAUGGAAAUCAUCAUUGUCGCCGCCUUAUUCAUCAUCAUCGUCUUCAGUGAGAGACAUUCAAGAGGAAGAAAAUGAAGAGAAGCUACUAGAGGCAUCCCCGGUUGCGGCAGGAUGCCCCGGUUGCUUAUCCUACGUUUUAAUAACGAAGAUUAAUCCAAGAUGUCCUAGAUGCAAUUCAGUUGUUCUAAUGCCAACGGUGAAGAAGCCUAUGAUUGAUCUUAACAUAUCAAUUUGAGAUUGAUGUCAAAAGUUAUUGAAGAAUUGAGAUUAAAUGGAAGUUAAUUCUUGAUUUUGUAAAUGAUAGAUGGAAUAUUUGUAGUGGCUUAAGAGAAUAGAAAUAUUGAGAAGAUUUUUAUGGUUUUA